CUGAAUGUUAACCCUGCGCUGACGUCAGGCUGCUGUCCUGUUUGACAGACAGACAGAGGUCGUGAUCUCAGAGCGGAAAAGAACAGCAGGGAGUGACGUCAGUGGUAAUUGGACGGGACACCCUCACCCUCGCCCUGUCCUGCACGCUGAGCCGAGCCCGUGUUUCAGUGUGUGUUUGCGCGGGGAAGCGGUGAGCGGUCUCUCCUGAAGCUCCGGCACUGCAGCGGCAUCAUGGGAAACUCGCCCGGCAUGUCAGUGAAGGAGCUGAGCGCCUGUCAUUCCCAUCAGUGGUACCGCAAGUUCAUGACCGAGUGUCCCUCCGGUCAGCUCACCUUCUACGAGUUCAAGAAGUUCUUCGGCCUGAAGAAUCUGUCCGAAACAUCCAACGAGUACGUCAAGACCAUGUUCAAGACGUUCGACAUUAACGACGACGGCUGCAUUGAUUUCAUGGAGUAUGUGGCUGCUCUGAGUUUGGUUCUGAAGGGUGGCGUUCAGCAGAAACUGCGCUGGUACUUCAAGCUGUUCGACGUGGACGGCAGCGGCUGCAUCGACCGCGAGGAGCUGCUGCUCAUCUUCAAGGCCAUUGAAGCCAUUAACGGAGUAGAGCAGGAGUUUUCCGCGGAGGAAUUGACUGACAUGGUGUUUAACAAGAUCGACGUUAACGGAGACGGCGAGCUGUCUCUGGAUGAGUUCAUCGAGGGCAUCCAGGCGGACGAGGUUCUGUCGGUGAUGUUGACCCAGAGUCUGGAUCUGACUCAUAUCGCCAGUAAUAUCUACACAGACAUCGACUCUGAACAGCAGCUCAACUGACCCCAGACCAGCCCGAGAUCAGGGUGCCAAACCAGAGGAAGACGAGGAGCGUUUCUCAACUCUAAAGCUGUUCAUUCAGCAUUGACCGAAGAGCUUUAAACCCUCGAUGCAUCAGAUAUUAACAGUAUUAAUAAUGUUCAUCUGCAUUUCAAAAGCCUGAUUAUUCCCUGUAAUCACAGAAUAACCGAGACUAGAGCAAACGCUUUAUUUAAGUGCAUUUAUGCAUGUUUUAUUAAUGACAUUA